AUUUCCUAAUUUGAAAAGACCCCGCCUAUAUCGUAAAAGGUUUCUGAGGUCACAACAAAGCUCAGAACCAAACACAACUCUUGUCACUCUCGAGAGAAAAUAUCUUUUGUUGUCUCCCACCCUCCCCCACCAGGAUAUGGAAUCUCCCGCUCCCCAGGUUUACAGCCGCAAGGACAAAUCUCUCGGCGUUCUUGUCGCCAAUUUCUUGAUACUGUAUAAUCGUCCCGAUGUUGAUCUGAUUGGGCUCGAUGAUGCCGCCGCGAAAUUAGGAGUGGAACGUCGCCGUAUUUAUGAUGUGGUGAAUAUAUUGGAGAGUAUUGGGCUUGUUGCAAGAAGUGGGAAGAAUCAGUAUUCGUGGAAAGGUUUUGGAGCAGUUCCUCGUGCUCUAUGUGAACUCAAAGAAGAAGGAAUGAGAGAGAAGUUUGGGAUCGUCCCUUAUGUGACCAAGUCAGAGAUGGUCAUUUAUGAGAAAGAAAGAGAAGAAGCUUUCAUGUUAACUCCUGAUGAUCAAGAGUUUUCACCAUCUCCCAAACUUGACAACAAGAAGGAGAGAACUCUCUGGCUACUUGCACAGAACUUUGUGAAGCUGUUUUUAUGCUCUGAUGAUGAUCUGAUAACAUUCGAUAGCGCUACAAAAGCAUUGCUGAUGGAGUCUCAGGAUAUGAAUAUGAGAACAGCUAAAGUUAGACGCCUUUACGACAUUGCAAAUGUGUUUUCCUCAAUGAAGCUAAUCGAGAAGACUCAUGUCCCAGAGACUAAGAAGCCGGCAUAUAGGUGGUUGGGGUCCAAAACCAUUUUUGAAAACAGAUUCCUUACUGGUUCUGCAAGCUCAUUAUGUGAUCGUAAUGUGCCUAAAAAGCGGGCAUUUGGGACCGAACUCACAAACGUUAACGCAAAGAGAAACAAACCAGGUUGUUCUGAAGACAGCAAACGUUAUGGAAAACAAAACACAAACAUUGUUAUCAAGCAAGAACAAUGUGAUGUGAAACCGGACGUGAAGAACUUUGCCUCUGGCCCAUCCACUCCUGCAGGCACUUGUGAGAUGAACAAUGUUGGAAACAACAUUAGGCCAAGAGGUCGACUUGGAGAUAUCGAAGCCCUUUCUACUCUAUACCAACCACAGUAUUGCAAUCCUGCGUUAAUUAGUCUUUUUGAGCAUUACCACCAGACAUUUAGGUCAUGUCAAGAAGAGUUUGGUCGGAAGAAAUGACUUAAUCAGGUAGAUUAACUUGCGGGGCGUUACUUCGAUUCUCUGAUCAAAAGCCAAAUUUCUAGUGCUCUUUUGCGUUAUAAACUACAGAAAAACUCUUACUAUAGAGAUUAUUAUUACUUGCAAAUGAGAGCGUUAUCUUUUGUCUUUUUUGGAGAAGAACAAAAAAAAAAAAUUAAAGUAGCUAACCGUUUAAUUUUCUUUAUUGUUACAAAUGGAUACCAUUUCAGUUCUAUUAUAUAUCUAUGUUGAAAGGAGUU